AUGGCCGUAGGGAAGAACAAGCGGAUUUCAAAGGGAAAGAAGGGUGGCAAGAAGAAGGCCGCCGAUCCCUUUGCAAAGAAGGACUGGUAUGAUAUCAAAGCCCCUUCUGUCUUCCAGGUCAAGAAUGUCGGCAAAACACUUGUCUCCCGUACUCAGGGUACCAAGAUUGCUUCUGAUGGACUCAAACAUCGUGUGUUUGAGGUAUCAUUGGCUGAUCUUCAAGGAGAUGAGGACAAUGCUUUCAGGAAGAUUAGGCUGAGGGCUGAAGAUGUUCAAGGGAAAAACCUCUUGACCAAUUUCUGGGGUAUGGAUUUCACAACUGACAAGCUUAGGUCUUUGGUUCGCAAAUGGCAAACUCUUAUUGAAGCCCAUGUCGAUGUGAAAACCACUGAUAAUUACACUCUUAGGAUGUUUUGCAUUGGGUUCACAAAGAGAAGAGCAAACCAAGUUAAGAGGACUUGUUAUGCCCAAUCAAGCCAGAUCAGACAGAUCCGUAGGAAGAUGAGGGAGCAAAUGAUCAACCAGGCAUCUUCCUGUGACCUGAAAGAGCUUGUCCGCAAAUUUAUCCCUGAGAUGAUUGGAAAAGAAAUUGAGAAGGCUACCUGUGGCAUCUACCCUCUUCAGAAUGUUUUCAUUCGUAAAGUCAAGAUCCUGAAAGCUCCUAAGUUUGACCUUGGGAAACUAAUGGAGGUUCACGGUGAUUACUCGGAAGAUGUUGGUACCAAGGUUGAAAGACCUGCUGAUGAGACAGCAGUUGAGGGAACCCCUGAAAUUGUUGGUGCUUGA